AUGGACGACCACGACCCCAUCUCCCAGUUCUUCCCCGACGAGGGUUUUGUCGAUUUGUAUGCUGUUUUGGGCGUAGAAAGUACUUCUUCUACAGAUGACAUAAAAAAAGCAUACCGUCGCCUCGCGCUUAAAUACCAUCCAGACAAGCAUUCAAACGCUACCGAGGUUGCAAAGGCUGACGCGUCCACUAAGUUUCAACAGGUUGGAUUCGCGUAUACUGUGCUUCAGGACGAGAAGAGAAGAGAAAGAUACGACAAAACGGGGAAGACGGAUGAAGGACUGGACCUCGAUGUUGGAGAAGAUGGGUGGGAGGCGUACUUUGAGGACUUGUUCGAUCGCGUCACGCGAGGCAAGCUCGACGAGAUGAAAGCUGAAUAUCAAGGUUCUACGGAAGAGGUCGAAGAUCUUACAUGCGCCUAUAGGGACACGAAUGGUUCCAUUGGCGAAAUAAUGACUAUGAUCCCGCACUCUACGCACGAGGACGAGCCGCGCUUCAUUGUCAUCCUGUCGGACCUUAUUGCCAAAGGCGAUAUUCCUUCUCUUCCAGAAUGGGAGAACGGAAUCAAAAAUGAAAAGGCGAAAUUGGUGAGGAAGAAGCAAGGUGAGAAGGAGGCAAAGGAAGCGGAGCAAUUGGCUAAGGACCUUGGCGUAUGGGAUGAGUUUUACGGAAGUGGAAAAACGGGAGAACGCCGAAGCAAAAAGAAGGAUACAGCAAAGGACAAUGACAUUGAAGGAGAGGAGGAAGAUGACGAUUCGGCUCUGAAAGCCUUGAUCAUGAGGAAGAAGCAGAAGAAUAUGGAUAGCUUUUUCGACAGUCUUGCCGACAAGUACGCUGGGCCUUCUCAAGGAACCAAGCCUAAAGGCAAAAGUAAAAAGCGUGGCAAAGCUGAAGAAGCGCCAGAGGUAACAACUCCUAGAAAGCGUCCGCGGGGUUCACCUCCGGAUAUAGAUGAUGAAGAAUUCGAAAGAUUGCAGCAAAAGCUAUUUGGCGAGAAGGAGUCCACGGAUACGAGGAAGAAGCGGGCGAGAAAGGCGAAAUGAUGAGGAUGGUCUACAUUAUUGCAAUCUAUGGAUGUGAUCAGACUUGAUCCAUGUA